AUGGCUCAGAAUGCUCUUGCUGGGGCCAUAGCAGGAUUUGUGGCUCGCAUUGCGGUAGCUCCGAUUGAUCUCAUCAAGAUCCGCCUGCAAAUUCAGACCAAUCCGAUAUCGCAAGCAAGCAAGUUCAAGUAUAAGGGGCUCUUCGGUACCAUGAAGACGAUAGUGAAAGAGGAAGGAGUGUUUGCACUGUGGAAAGGAAACGUCCCAGCGCAAGUCAUGCAGGUCAUGUCUUUCUUGGCGAUCAAGUUCUCAACCUAUAACGCUGCAAGGGACCUCAUCCGCUCAGUCGACAAGGUGCAGUGGACCAACACGCAUGAAGGUCAGUUGUCCAUGAACUUCGUCGCUGGAGGAAUUGCCGGGGCCUCCGCUACGAUCGACGUUGUUCGGUCAAGCGUUGUUGCUCAGGAGAUCUCCGCCCUCUGGCGAGCUUCAGGGUUGUUUGCGUUCUACCAGGGUCUUGUUCCUUCUCUUAUCAGCAUCGUUCCCUACAUGGCCAUACAACUCAGCACGUUCGAGGCCGGCAAGGCAGCUUACAUGCGCCUGCUGCACAUGGACAACGUGGAUGGGGAUUUGGAUAUGUCCUCCAAGAAGCUGGGGCUGCUUCCGAGUACGAUCAUAGGAGCUGCUGCUGGAGGGUUCUCGAAGUUUGCUACCUUACCCCUCGACCUCUGCAAGAAGAGGAUGCAGAUGAACAUGGCGAGUGGCAAGGGAGUCUUCCAGACGAUGUCAAUCAUCGCCAGGGAGGAGGGGGUCAAGGCCCUGUGGAAGGGAGGGCUCCCUGCCGUGUUCAAGACGAUCCCAGCUACAGCCAUCACGUUCGCGGUACCUAACAGCAUCGCUGAAGCUAGAUGCCUGCUUAUUCAUCUUUGA